GACGUGCAUCGAAGGUCUACGCGCGCUCUGAUUGGUCGGGGUUUUCGCUUAAUAUCUCCUUAACGAAGCCCCAUCCGACAUUUUUGCAAAGGAAAUUGUUGUUCAGAAUCGUCUCAGCUACCCCCCAUUUUCGGCUCCUCCCCGACUUUUGGGACAUCCUGUAUAUAUAUUCCUAAUGUAUUUUAUGCGAUCUUGGCAAUUUAGUUUAAUUUAUUAGAUAGAAUAUAAUAAGUUAUAUGUAGAAACUUAAUUUAUAUAUCAAUUCGCAUUACACGCUAAUCCUAUGAAUCUAGCGGUUUGAAGAUAAUUUAUUGUAUGUACAAAGUAUGAAACCAAUCGAAUUUUAUUAUAAAAUAAAACUUAACAUUUGAUUACGAGUAAUAUUGAAUUUAACAAGUCGCAAACGUUAUAGUUAAUAUUAACACUCAGUUUGCUGCUGUAGAGGGUGUAGAAGAGCGUGUUUUAAUAAAGUAUUGCCGAAUUCCCCCCUCUUCGGGCAUGAUACGGACGAAAACGCCUAUACGUAGAAACGUAUAGCUUCUAAGUAUAGUAUAACUAUAAUACUAUAUUGUGCGUAAAGGUUAGGAGUAGUUAAGCGAUCAAACGUGGGUUAGGUGAAUAUAACGGCUCCUGUCACAAUGUAGUGUGUAAUAAUGUUAUUGUGAUAUUAUAAUAAUAAACGAACAUCGAUAUACAAGUAGAUUUCAACACCGUGUGAUCCAUCACGGAAUACAUGGAUGUUGCGAACGGACAAAAGCCCCUCAGUGGGCAACCUACUGUCACUGGUGGUCCAGGUAUGGAUAAAGGGAAAGAGUGGCAGAUGGAAUUGCUUAUGGAGAAAUUACGCUCCAAAGCUUCAACUUUUAAAUCCUUGGUGGAAACUGCCAAGAACCUGCGUAUGGCAAUGCUGGACAAGAGGUUUGCAAUUGACAGUGCAGAGAAAAGUCAAUUACAGAAAUGUUUAGAUACUUUACAACAUUCCAUUAAAGUAACCUCCUUGCAAUCCAUGGUGGAGCGCUUGGAGAGUUUAACCAGACAAUUGGGCUUAAAGUUUAUGAUGUCUGGUCCACCAGGUACAGAAUUGUUUAUAUCAUCGGAUAUGUUUUUUUUGGAAGUUCUUUUGGAGCCAACAGGUGUAGUUAAAGAUGUUAAAAUCCACCAUGAAGGAAAAAAUGAACAGCAGAGCUGUGAUGUGUUGGUAUCUUGUUUGUCGCGAGGAGACUUCCUUGAUUUUACAGUACAAUUAGAAGGUUUAGCUUCGAUAUAUCAAUUAAAUGCAGAUAAGAAGGUAAAAUGUAAAGCAUUCAGUGCUUUACAAUCGCUGGAAGCUGAUUUGGGUAUCUUAGCUCAAUUGCAAACAUUUAUCAAGGAACCCUUUAAUCUUGUUCAUAAAAGCCCAGUUGGAAUUCUCGAGCGAAGAAGGGGAGGUCACGCGAUGAAACUGACAUAUUUCGUUUCUCCUUAUGAUUUAAUGGAUCAGGAGAAUCAUACCUGCGAUGCAUUGAAUUCGGAUGUAGUUAUCAAACGGAAAAUUGGCCAUUCUGUUACGGUUUGUAUGGAAGGUUCGACUGCUCACAAGUUGCCUACAACUAGUAUCAUAACUGUAAAUAGAAGUCCCACAGGAAAAAGUACUCCAUCCUAUGCUCCAUUAACUGGUACAAAUUCAUCUGUGUUACCCGCUUGUUUCGUUUUAAAACUAGUUAACAAAAUGCCGAUGUGCAUGGAAUUGGUACGCAGGAUACAGAAGGUUACGGAACUCGAAUGCGGAGACAUAUCCGCUCCACAUCCGUUGCUCAGUUUAAUUAUACAAAAUGCCAGCGAGGGUCAGCAAGAUUGCCGAAACAACAGAGGACUUUACGUUACGUUGCCGGAUCAACAGCAUUGCUACUUCAUGACAGAAAAUAGAAAUAUGGAAGGUGUAUUAGUAUGCAGCAUUCCUUUCACACACCCAGCCCAUGUUCCACAGAUCUUGGUAUACUUACGUCAACAAGCGCUAUUUAACACUCUAAUCGCUAGUUGCGUUAGACCCAUGGCUCGGCACGAUCCAGAACACGCGACUAUAUUCGAAGUGAGCGCUUUAUCAUGGCAACACAUAUCGGUAAGUUUGGAGCAUCCUUUUGAAGAAACAAUGGCGACGGUGGAACUGGAUUUGACGGAUAUCUCCGCGUUGAAGUGCAAAUUGUACGGGAUAAGUAUAACGAACACGGAACGAACGUCAGAUUUGACCGGAAAAGUCUUACAGAAGUGUUUAAGUAUACCUUUGACAAUGAGGAUUCUCAUGAAGUCGUGGGAGAGUCGAGACUCUUUGAACGCGAUGAACAGUAUGAAUAGCGGAAACGGAAACUACAACGUUAACCUUGGUUCUGGCAAGGAUCAGAACAGCCAAAAUGGUUCCGGAAUGCCGGAUUUCACUAACGGGGAAACGAAAAUAAAGCAGGAACCCGGCUUGAAUAACGGAAACGGAACUAUGGGGCGGCAACAGUCGUCGCAACAGCAACAACAGCAGCAGCAGCAGCAACAACAACAACAGCAGCAGCAGUCUUUUUUAGAUGCCGGAACGGAGAAUAGUAUCGGGUUUCCGUCAUAUUCCGGCCAAUCCGAUACCACAACUACUGCGAUGUUGAACCCUUUGCAAUUGGGGGCGUUGCUUGGACAAGCAAAAAACUCGUUGGCUAAUCCUAUCAACGAGCGUGGGAAAAAAACGCGCAAAAGAAAAACAGCGGACGGUAUUUGGCGUAGUCCUAAGAGGAAAGGCGACGAGACGGCGGAAAUACUAUUGGAAAGUUCCAGUUCCGAUUCGACGCCUCUCGGUACGCCGACAGGUGGUAGAGAAACUAUGAACGAAACGAGAACGUCCACUCCAACGUCAGCCACGAGUUUAACCAGCGGUCUGGAUUUUUCCAAUUUGGAUCCCACGGAUAUCUUGGGAACGGAUAAAAGCUCCGACUACGAUUUCGACAACGAGAGCGAGAUAACGGACGUUCACGAUUUGCAAGAUGUGGAAGAGUUGAUCAAAAGAGAUCGCAAGUCGAGGAAAAGGGAAGAGAAAAAGAGUCCGAUUAUAUUCGAAGAGAACAAAAACCUGGUGCCGCCAUCAGUAAGUAUAACGCCAAUUUCAAGCAGUAGUUUGGGUCAAACUACCAACUAUAAUUCUGUACUUACGGGGAUGGGUUUGGAAAGGAGACCCGGCAUUGAAAUAAUACCGAUAGCAUCGUCGCCGCAAACCACUUUACCGAGUUCUAUUACUAUAACUCCGAUAGCUGGACCAACGCAGUCGAAAAGUUUGACGGACGAACGCAGAGAAAGAAAGAGCUCGAAGGGAAAGUCGACGGAGGAUAAGGGAAAGCUGGAGAAGAGACGCAAGCGAAAAAGAGAGGACAGUCCUAUGGGACCGCCGCCGGACAAGAUACCAUCUAAACAGGAUCCAUUGUCGAAACCGGUAUCGGUGAGCAUCAAACCGACCGAAUCGCCGCCGAACUUGAGCUCGCGCCCGGCAUCGCCAGCCACGACGUUAAGAAAAUUUAGUCCGUCUCCCACGCAUACCAGUCCACUCGCUCUUGUAGGUAAGUCCAGUCCCACGUUGAAACAAUCAACGAACAAGCCGGUGCAAAGUCCAAAGCACUCUCCGGUCUACAGCAGUAGUCCCAAGCAUACGCCAGUAGCUGCGAGCGUGAGUCCGAAACACGGCACAUCGUCUCCUAAGCAUGGCAGUUCAGCGAGCACCGGGAAACCGAGCAUGUCCGCGCUGAAAUCCGCAGCGAAUUCCCCUUCCAGUAAAACCACCGAUGCGGGCCAGUCCAAGACGAAGUCUUCUUCCUCGUCGUCCUCGAGUAAAGAAUCCAAUCGGGACAAGGAAAGAAAGACAUCGUCGUUAGCCUUCGGUGGAUCCAGCGGGCAUCAGAGCCCCAAAACAAAAUCGUCUAGCGGUAAGUUGAAACAACUGGAAUUAAUUCCUAGCGGGGAAACGCAGUCUGCCUUACCUAAUAGCGGUGGCAGCACGCCACCCUCUGGCAGCUCGGAACACGGCAAAUCCGCCAUUGCCCAGCAACAAGCGAGAAACAGGAAGGGCUCGUUGAGCGCUGUCAUCGAUAAACUGAAAAAUGCUCAACACUGUUCGGACGACAAUGGCAACGGUGGAACGAAAUCAGCUACCAGCGGAGGCGGCAACUCGAGCAGUCAGAAAGAGAGAAGCGUUGGUAGCUCUUCGAACAAGACCGCAGAGGGAAAAUGCAUCGGCAAAAACUCCUCCAUGGAGUCGAAGAAUCCUGCGGAGUACAUGGUGAAACAUAGUUCGGAUGGGAUGAAGAUAACGAUCAAUAAAACUCGCACAAAAGACUCGAAAUCGGGAGCGAAUCUUAAAUUGUCCUCGUCCUCCGCGUCCGUCGCGACUGGCACAUCUUCAAGUUCGUCUGUUUCCUCCACUUCCAUGUCGGGUAACGGGUCCCCGAAAACGCACACUGGUUUGAAGCCAGGGGUAAGUUCUGGCCCAGCAUCGAAGAAACCCCCUUCCCAAACUUCUCCGAAGUUGUCCGGUUCCUCGUCUUCCGGUUCUGGAAGCAGCAGCGGUAGCAAAGCGACGUUGUUAGGACAGAAGAUGCUGUCUACUUUGAAAUCUAUCUCAGGACCAAAUUCUAGCAGUGGAAACGGUGCAGGGGGAAUCAACGUCGGAGGUAGUGGUAGCGCUGGCUUGCUGACCAAAAGCGUCAUGUCCUCGAAGUCCUCUUCGAGCUCUCCGAAGACAACCAGCUCGGGCGUGACGGAUCUCAGUCGAAAUCGCGACAAAUCCCGAUUGUCUAAGUCUGGCGAUAAAAAUUUAUUUCCUUCGAAAGGCAUCGGAGACACGAGAAAAUCGAGUCCCUCCGGUUUACGAGAGGAAAGCGAGAGCGAGAGGGCGUUCAAACUUUUAGCUCACGCUACCAUGUCGAACUUGUCGAGUCUACCCAAUUUAUCACCACAGUUGGUCGUCGAAGGCCUCAUGAAACAACUGGACACCAAGUUUCAAAUACCCAAGCUGUCCGCUAGAGCUAAUGCGGACUCUGGUGACAAGAAAUCGGAAAAACUUUCCAUGCUCCCCGAUCCUGGGAAGACUCUGGACAAUUUGACGACGAAGCAGGUGUCGGAGCAAGGGAAACUGCAAACGAUAUCAAACACCACGUCGACUGGUUCCAAGGCAACGUCGGAGGACCAAACGAGCCAAGGUAGACGGGAUCACGUACAAACGAAGCCUGACAAUCUUUCCAUGACAGGUGUAGCUACGGUAAUGUCUAUGAAUCUCAGCGCUGACAACACCAGCAAUCUCCUGCUUCCGGCUUUGUCUAGCGGGGGUUCGCACGACAUGGAUAUCCCCACGAAUCUCUCGAUGCAGCCGACCGAUAACGAAUCCCGCGACUCGUGCAAGGAGUCAUCGAUGGGCAGGACCAACGCGCAGUUUCUGAGUAGUACCUUGAACUCCACAGCCGGCGGCAAAGACGACGCCAGUGGCAGUGGUCCGGUAAUGGCCGUUCUACCAAAAAGUUCCGACGCACAGGCUACCAGCAAACCCGUGUACUCCGCCAUGAUGGCUACCGGCGCUAUAACUGGUGGCAACGGGACCAGCACCUCGAACACCGGUAACGGAAGCUCGGAAAGCUUGAACCUAAGCAUUAAACCAGUGGACGCGACUAUGACAAAGUACAAAUCCGACGAGAAGAAGCAGCAACAGCCGCAGCAGCAACAACCGCAGCAGCAGCAGCAACAACAACAACAACAAUCGCAGCAGCAGCAAUCGCAACAGCAACAACUACCGUCUUCCGGAGGAUCGUCGAGUACCUCUUCGUUAGGCGCUGUGGUAACCUCGGAGGGCUCCUCGAAUACCAUUAAACCUGGCAUGGAGAUACCACCGACGACGUCGCAAGAGGCUGCGGAGAUGUUACUGGAUUUUUCUACCCCGAAAGACGUGGCCAAGAGCUUGAACUUCACGAGCAUUCCCGAGAGGGCGAUGACCCAGGCGGCCUCGGUGCGCAGAAACACGCCACCACCCCCUCCACCUGCCUUCCCAGCGAGUCCUUCCGUGAGUGUGCACAUCGUAAAAAGUCCUGCACCCUCGCCGAGGGUUAUCCCACCGUCGCCUCACUCCGCCUCGCCGUGUAUCACCGAUGACGAGCUAAUGGACGAGGCGCUGGUGGGAAUGGGCAAAUGAAGGUUACUGAAACUCUAGACAGAAUUUUAUCCGCGUGUUACAUUCGCAUAGCGCAAGGGACAGGGUGUCCUUACAGGUUGGCUGGCGAACAGAGAUGGGUGUAUUCGAAUGAGUUUGUAGCUGAAACACAUCUAACGUGCUAUAUAUGUAUUCGUACCGUACAGCUGCCGAAUGCAACGUACGAAUGAAUUUAAGCAUUCGAUCACAAACGGAAUACAAAUUAGUAAGGUAUUCGUCAUUCCGAUACUUUUUUAAAUAGAGUUUGUCGAUCCCUGUUCGCAAGUAACGCUGUCUUUCCACGUGGAGCAGUGUUUCUCAAACUUGCCUUACAUGUACGUAUAUGUCCUCGGAUCGUUGACGUCUUCCGAGGUUUCUCGACGGUCUGCUCAGGCUGAUAGUUUGGGGAACACUGGUGAGAAUGAGUCGAGAUCAUUCUUGGGAAAUAGUGACUUUGAGACUUCCAAUUCUUUGUUAGGGAAACAGAUAGGUUCUGAUAAAUAAUCGAUGGAUUUUCGAGGGACACCCUGUAAGUAGUUAAAUCUUCACAGUUCUUCUGAAAUGUCCUGCCGAAUACUAAUAUGGUUUGCGUCCCCGUGCGCGAAUCUUGAGUAAGUUCAAUUUUUUCAUACAUAGAGAAAAAGAGAAUACGGCCACUUUUGCAGAAGCUGUACAGAAGUGGAAAUAUUUAAGUGUACACCGUGUAUCAGAGUGGUUUAUUACUAUAAAUUAAUUCGUACGCCGCGAUACAAGGACUCGAGGUUAGCAGUAAAACGAUUGUUUAUAGAUUUAUAAGGUUGAGGGGGGACAAAUGGGGAUAGCGAAUGGUCGCGACGUAUGAGAAAUAAAUAUAGACGAGUAUAUACGAAGUUAUUUUCGAUAAAAUCCAUGUUGGACAAUAUUUAUAAGGACACUAAAGGAUAGGCGUAUGAUGUUAACAUAUAAGGUAUUUCUGAAUUACUCUAUGUCACGUAGGUGGAAUUAUUGCUGUAGCACGAAAUAUGGAAAUUUCAAGAAUAAUAUUUUCACGUUCAAGCUC